CAAUUGUCUCCAGAUGCAACAUACAGGUACAACAACAGCCACAUGAUGCCCCAAUCGACAAGAGGCCGAAAACCGCGGGCUUGCGACUCGUGUCGCAGAAAGAAGAUUCAAUGUGACCGAGCUGUACCGCAAUGCGACUACUGCCAACAUCAUGGCUUGACCUGUACAUACAACCAAGCCGCAAAGACAACAGGCUCAGCCCUUCGGUAUAAGCUCUCAAGCUUUCCGAAAACCGCAUCGUCGAGUGAACGGCUCAGUUCUUCUGAACAAGAUAGUGAUGCGGAGUUCACUCCUCGCGCUAGUGAUAUUCAAGAUCAUAACCCUACUUAUCUAGAAGGCUUAUGUCUAUUGAACGGUUAUCCACUCUUCGGCCAGCAAGCUCAAGAAUGGAUCAGAAGCAGAACAGGCUCAACGAUAUCACCCAGCAUCAUCGGGAAAUAUCGCCUUCCUUACCUAUGUUCUACGAGACCACCUCUUGUGAACGAUAGGGUUUUGAAACUACCCGAUCCUCAGAUUGUUGAGGAGUUAGCAGCGCGAUUUUGUUCGUCUACACAAUCACUUGUCUUCCCACUACUCAGUCUGAAUCGCUUUAUGAGCAAGACUAUACCUCUCGCAUAUACAGAGUCAGCCGGCAGUCAUCUCCAUACCAUGAGUGCCAAGUCUUGUGUGUAUGGAGUGCUGAUUAUAAGCGAUAUCUUUGGUCUUGACACAGGCGACGAUAUGAAUGACAUAAGCUGCUGGUGUCAAAGAUAUGCUUUGGAAAUCGAAGGUUCAAUACCCGUGAUCUUACGCGAGAUGAGGGUCGACGGGCUUGAAUCGUUGAUAAUGCUCAUGAUCUACAAAUACUUCAUGGGAAACUUGGAAUCCGCAUGUUUUCUUGUCUCGAUCGCUUCACGCUUUUUGUUCCAACUUGGAGCCCAUGUUUCUCCUUCACCUUCAGGACCCUACGACAAGAACAUCGAGGUUCAUCAUAUACGUGACCUCUUUUGGGUCUGCUAUUGCAUCGAUAAAGACCUGUCUCACAGGACUGGUCAACCACCUACCAUCAAUGAUGAUCAUUGCGAUCUCAGCUUACCUCCCAACUAUGUCCAAAUGCAAAGCUCCAAUAUCUUAAACUCUAGUCCAUGCCCUGAUCGCAACUCCUCUACCGUGCCACUCUACCCAUGGGACAUUCGACUCUCCAUCAUCAAAUCCAGGAUUUAUAACGACCUUCACUCGAUAGGCGCCUCCAGACAAUCGGAAACAGAAGUCUUGAGAAGGAUCCGGUACUUAGAUGAACAGUUGGAAGCCUGGAGGGUAACACUGCCUUCUGACCACAGACCAACCUUGUCAUUCCUGGAGCAGACGCCUGUUGACGCCCAUACAAACACUCAGGCAAUCAUGCUCCGACUAUCGUAUCAUCAUUGCGUUAUCCUUAUCCAUCAAGCCCGUUGCAGAGUUUUCCCGUCAGAUCAUUCCGCUAUGAGCUUGAUAGACGACGGCCAUAGGAUAAACUUUCAGAUUCUAGUCGACGCUUCAAGAUCUAUCUUGAUCUACCUGGAAAAGGCAUUGCCUGUACUAGCCCACGAAUGCUUCUGGGUCAUCAUCUUCUAUCCGAUGACUGCAAUCUCGACCAUCUUCUCUGUCGCGCUCCUCGACAGCCGAUCGGAUCCAGGGAGCGAAAGACUAAAGCUGCUGCAAGGCUUUACGCGAUUGAUUAGACAAAUUCCUAUCAAGAGGCUUACAGUAGCGGAAAUAUCUCAUUUGGAGUUUAUUGAAGAGGUUGUCGGGGAGAUGAGCAGAUUGGUAUUGGCUGCGCAGUGAGGAGAUCCGUCAUGCUAGCAGGUAGUGUCGAGUAACAACGUCAUGAAGCGCGAACUAGUCCAAAACCUACCGAUCACGAAUGCAAGACUAAUUCCGUACAAUGAUCCCAAUAUCCUCAUCAACCCAUAAAGAUUAAUAACAACAACGGCCUUAAGAUGCUACCUCCGCUUCUUUGACCGCGUUAACUCCC